AUGUCAUGGCGUCCUCAGUACCGCAGCUCCAAGUUCCGCCACGUGUUCGGGAAAGCUGCCACGAAGGAGGGCUGCUAUGACGGCGUGCCGAUCACACGCAGCGUCCAGGACAACCACUUCUGCGCCGUCAACCCUCGGUUCCUCGCCAUCAUCACCGAGUGUUCCGGGGGAGGGGCCUUCCUGGUUCUGUCCAUCAACCAUACAGGUAAGGUGGACCCUCACCACCCUCGGGUAUCGGGCCACAAAGGACACGUGUUGGACGUCAAAUGGAAUCCCUUCAAUGACUACUGCAUCGCCUCCUGCUCUGAAGACGCCACGGUGAAAGUGUGGGAAAUCCCUCCCCACGGCGUCCUGAAGACCCUAACGGUGCCAUGGAAGGAGCUGCAGGGUCACAGUCGCAGGGUGGGCCUCAUCGAGUGGCACCCGACCGCUAACAACAUCCUCUUCAGCACUGCCUACGACUACCAGGUGAUGAUCUGGAACCUGGACUCUCCGGAGUCGGUGAUAAAGAACCCGGUCCGGACCAUCACACACCACACAGAUGUGGUUCUGUCCAUGUCCUUCAACACAGAUGGCAGCGUCCUCGCCACCGCCUGCAGGGACAGGAAGGUCCGGCUGAUGGAGCCGCGCUCAGGGAACCUGCUGCAGGAAGGCAAUUAUAAAGCACACAAAGCCAGUAAGGUUUUGAUUCUGGGGAAUAUGAAGCUGCUCGUCACAGCCGGCACCUCUCGUUACAACGACCGACAGAUCGCUCUGUGGGACCAGGACGAUCUGUCAAAGCCUUUGCUGCAGGAGAAUCUGGAUGGUUCCUCUGGGGUUCUCUUCCCUUUCUACGACCCUGACACACACAUGCUCUACCUUGCUGGGAAGGGUGAUGGGAAUAUCAGGUACUACGAGAUCAGCUCAGAAAAACCUUACAUCCACUUCUUAACGGAAUAUCGUUCACAUUCUCCUCAGAAAGGAAUGGGUGUUAUGCCAAAGAGAGGCCUGAAUGUGAGUUCCUGUGAAGUUUUCAGGUUUUACAAACUGGUGACCAUCAAGAGUCUCAUCGAGCCUCUGUCUAUGAUUGUACCCCGCAGGUCGGAAUCAUAUCAGGAGGACAUCUAUCCGAUGACGGCCAGUAACAGGCCCGCUCUGUCUGCAGCGGAGUGGCUCAGCGGCAUCAACAAAGGUCCACUGCUGAUGUCUCUGAAGCCUGGGAGUGAGAUGAUGGAGUCUCCGUCAGACACCAAGGGCCUGAGCAACUCGCUGGACUCUCACAGGCCUCAGAGCAGACCCGGCAUCCUGCAGCCCGCUUACAUUCAGGACCGACUGGAAGCCAAAGACACCAGAGAAGAGAACGGGCGCCCAGAGGACGACAGGAGUCGGACCGGCGUGAGCAACGGGGAGGACCUCGCUCUCUGCUCACCUCCCAGGACCGAGAACGAGCUUCGCCUGAAGUUCCUGAAGCAGCAGGAGGAGAUCCGACGGCUGAGGGAGCUCCUCAACCAGAGGGACGUCCGUGUCAAACAGCUGGAGCUGGAGAUCAAGAACAUCAAGAACCAGAACUCCAUAUAAGACCCUCACGUCCACCUGGGAGGGGGGGGGGGGGGGGUGGACA